AAUUUUUGUGUUUGUUUAUUUUGCGAUUUGAAAAAAGUACACGACAGCGAAAAGUGAUUUUUAUCUAUUUUCAACCAAAAAUCAAUUAUUUUACUUUGCACAAUCGUUAAAAUAGCUGAAAUUUGGUGGGAGAAGAAUCAUCAUCAUGACUGAGGACACACAAAAGGAAGAUUACCUCCAGAAGCGGUUGAAUAAGAUCCUGGAAAACCGAAUUGAAACCGACCGGGAAACAUUGGAUGCAUUGGCAGAUUUGUCGCAAUUCUAUACGGAAAAUACAUUGCAGUCGAGAAGAAAUUUGCGAAGCCAGAUCGAGCGAAGGAGCUUGGCUAUCAACGAGAACUUCUUAUCAUCGUUUCGUGAGGUGAAGCUGGCACUGGACGAAAUCUGCGCAGACAUCGCUGCCAUAGGCCAGUCCGUCGAGGGAAUGAAAACUCAAUUAAGCAACACCGAAGCUCAACAGAAGGAGCUCAUCCAGCAAGCUAACACCCUCCAGGAAGAAAACAAUAAACUUUUGCUUCAGCAAAGGAUAGCAUCCGGAUUUCUAUCCCGUUUUCAGCUCUCAGUUGCCGAACAUCAAACCCUGUAUGGGGUGAACCGUGAUGACCCGGUAACGGCUGAGUUCUUCAACGUUCUCGACCAUGUGCAGAUGAUCCAUUCCGAUUGUAAAACUUUGCUUCAAAGUGGAUAUCAAACGGCCGCGUUGGACAUUAUGGAAGAGAUGACCCUUCACCAGGAAGCCGCAUUAGAGCGGCUCUAUCGCUGGACCCAAAGUCAUUGCCGCAAUGUUGACGCGAAUGAGAUUGGCAUGCUGGUAAUCCAAGCAAUGGCCAGGCUGCAAGAGAGACCGGUUCUGUUCAAAUACGUGAUCGAUGAGUAUUCCACGGCAAGGCGAUCGGUCGUCGUCCGAAGCUUCAUUGAUGCGCUCACAGUGGGAGGUCCAAAUGCAAAACCGAUCGAGAUGCUGGCCCACGAUCCGAAGCGAUACAUUGGCGAUAUGUUUGCCUACAUUCAUCAAAUUUUGCCUGUGGAGAGGGAGAAUUUGCUGAUGUUGGUUAAAAUGUGCGAUAAAGAUAUAACCGAGCAGAUUCAGUUGGCGAUGACGAACAUUUCCGAUGGAGUCUGUCACCCACUGAGGGUUCGUGUUGAGAUGAUUUUAAACACGGAGAAGGAUACGAUCGUUUUGUAUUCUAUUUCCAAUUUGAUGAGGUUUUAUCAAAAUAUCAUUAACAAUGUCGUUAAAGGUGGCCAACUGGAAACUUGCAUCUCUGAUUUGCAGACACAUUCCGAGAAUUCUUACAUUAGUUCGUUAACCUUUCAGGUUAAACAACUCUUACAAGGUCCCAACGAGCAUAAACUCGGGUUGGAGCCACCACAAACUGAUCUGGUCCCGUCGCCCAGUGUCGCAAAGCUGCUAAACUUACUGAAGGAGAUUCUUUCCGUUGCCAGCAUGGUUGAAGGAAGUCAAUCUGACAUCUUGAAAAUUGUGUCCUGCGUAAUUGACCCACUUCUGCAGUCAAUCCAAGAAUCAGCUUCACAUUUACCGACCACGGAUAUGGCAGUGUACUUGUUGAAUUCGUUGUACCAAAUUGAAAGCGUUCUCACCAUUUACGAAUACAUGGAAGACCGCCUGGAAAGGCUCCAGGCUCAAUCCGACGCCCAACUGGACACGCUGACGUCGGAGCAGGCGUCGUCGUUGGUAGCGAAUCUAAACCUUGGCCCCAUCUAUACCGUACUGCAAAGCAGUGCUGCUCACAUAGAGCAACGACAUUUGCAAAUGUUUAUGUCUAAAUUGGACAGUUUUCUGGAGGUGCCCGAAAUAUUGCUUCUGCCGCAGGUCAACCUGCUGUUGAGUGGAAACCAUCGGGCAACUGUGCAGAAGCGUUCCUUCAAUGUGAUUGUCGCAAUCUAUAAACAAAUUUACGACCGCAUUCACGAUCCCAGCAGCGGAUACGAACGACCGGAAGUGGUGUUUUCGAAAACACCCGAGCAAGUAGCGGAGCUACUGUGUGGUUGAGUCAAGCCACGCUGCAAAUGGACGCCUAAAAAAGAACUGUAAAUGUGUUAAUGUAUACACUGCGUAUAAGUUGAUCAUAUGUGAGGGGAAUAAACACUUCAGUAAAGUUCGUCCUUUUAUUGAAUUCGUUUGAAGUUUGAAAAAAAAACUCAUGAGGUAUGAUGUGUAUAAUUAUUGUUUCAUUCGGUUACUUUUGCCAUCAUUUCAUUCAAAAUUGCUCAAAACUACUAUUAAAAUUU